AUGAUGAAACUGUUCGACGCGCACUGUCAUCUUCAAGACCCAAAGAUUAUCUCCAAAGCUCCUCAGCUCAUCUCUUCCGCCGUAGCUUCCGGCGUCUCUUUCUUCGCCGUCAAUGGAGUCUCCGAGAAAGAUUGGGAUUUGGUCAAAGAGAUGGGAGAGACAUACCCUUCUGUUGUUCCCUGUUUUGGGAUCCAUCCAUGGUAUGUAGCAGAGAGGGGUCCUAAUUGGUUUGAGACAUUGAAGAGUUUGUUUGAGACCACUCCUACUGCUGCUGUUGGAGAAAUUGGUUUGGACAAAGGGUCUAAAGGAAGGGAGAUUGAUUUCUCAGAUCAGGUGGGAGUGUUUCGUCAGCAGCUCGAACUUGCAAAGGAACUGAAUAAACCCGCAUCAGUUCAUUGUGUCCGUGCAUUCGGGGAUCUGCUCGAGAUAAUAAAAUCUGUGGGGCCAUUUCCUGCUGGGGUCAUCCUUCACUCGUAUUUGGGUUCUGCUGAGAUGGUUCCUGAAUUUGCUAAGCUCGGUGCAUAUUUCUCCUUCUCUGGUUUUCUUAUGCACAUGAAUGAGAAAAAAGCCAAGAAGAUGUUGAAAGCGGUUCCUUCCGAUAGGAUCUUGUUGGAAACUGAUUCACCCGAUGCAUUACCAAAGGCGGAGGCAAGCUGUCUCUACUUUGUCGAAGGAGAUCCUUCUGUACCCGAAGUAGGAAAUUCAGUUCCGGAUCAAGAUUUUAACUUGAUGAAGUUACCAAAGGAAACACUUAAUCACCCUGCUAAUAUUCAUACCGUACUUGGGUAUGUAGCGCGGUUGUUGGACAUGAAGAACGAAGAACUUGGGGAGCUAAGCUAUCGGAAUGCUGUUCUGUUAUUCUCUUACGCGGGUUCCAAGUUGCUUCUUCAGAGAGGUACUGAUGAUUUCUCUGGUCACACUCAAAACCAUUCAACAACACAUGUAACUUGA